AUGUCGCAAUCACAACGGAACAGGCCGGAAACUGAUACAAUCGACCUCACACUUUCCUCACCCGAGCCAGAGUCUUGGCCUCCAUCACCUACGAGAGAACAAAUACGCGCGCCUCCGCAGCAAUCUCAUCUAUCCUUUGGACCGACCUACAACACACCACGCGUUAAACAGGAGUCUGAUCAUGUUCCACGAAUUAAAUCGGACCCGGGUCAGCCAUCGCGCAUCCAGACCGCAUCUGCCCAACCAUCACGUGGCACAAUGAGUUUUGGCCAAUCAGCCACUUCUAGCCGGAAUCUUGUAGCUCCACAGCAAGCCCGGCCGAUCAAUCCCAGUCACAUUCAGUCGAUAAUUUCAACCGUCAGCCCAUAUGCAUUGCAAACAGUAUUGAUAGAGCUUUGUCAAAUCUCGCCUGCAUUCUCUGGCGCGCUUGUACGGGGUCUAGCACCUCACUCGGCCUCUGCACGAAACAUGAUUAACCAACACCGAAUGGAAAUCGACCGAAAUGCUGCAUAUGAAGCUAUGCAUACCACAUCCAGUUCUGCUCGGUACACCUCUCAAGGGAACCAGACAAGUUAUACCAGACAACAUCCCUACGGCUCCCAUUCAAUACCGCGAAUAAAACGCGAGCCACACAGGCCUUCAACUCCUAGUUCUGAUAGUGAAUUACGUCGUCCUGGUCCUUCGUCGCAGAAAGCAGCGCGUCCAGCUGCAAUGCGGCCGCCGUUACAUCACUUGACUGGAGGCUCGCCCUCUCCCAAUAUCACCUCAAAUGCAGCUACUGUAACUCAGCCAGCAGACCAAGUCCAAGGAGCGACUCCAAAUGUGACCAAGACUUGUAGCAAGUGCCAUGAGUCGUUCUCAAGCGAUUCCGAGCCCUGUAUAUACCAUCCAGGGAGGAAAGUCAAGCAAGAAGACGGAACUAUAGUUUGGAGCUGUUGUCAAGAGGACAUAUUAUCUGUCGGUUGUGACUUUGGAGGAACUCAUACCACCCAAAACCACGAGUCUGCAGACAUAGCUACCGAGCGGAAAAGCCCAAGCGGGCCUUCAGCCUCUAAUCAAGGUUACGAGGGGCUACAUAAGAUACUGGGUAGGCCCUCUACUUCAGGCAGGGGCGAUUUUGGUUAA